AUGUCGCAAACACCAGGAAUCUCGGCGUUUCCCGAGUCGGACUCGAACCUGUUGCAAUGGACAGGUACUAUUGACGGACCCGAGGGCACGCCUUAUGAGGGUCUGAGUUUCAAGAUCUCGCUGCACUUUCCUCAGAAGUAUCCGUUUGUGGCGCCCACUUUGAAGUUCAUCAGUCCUAUGUGGCACCCUAAUAUCGAUAUGGCAGGAAACAUUUGUCUAGAUAUUCUUAAGGAGAAGUGGUCGGCUAUUUAUAACGUUCAGACCAUUCUAUUGUCUCUUCAGUCGCUGCUUGGUGAACCCAAUAACAGCUCGCCUCUCAAUGCCGAGGCUGCUAGUUUAUGGGACCGUGAUCCUGCCGAGUACAAGCGUCGUGUGCUGCUCAGAUCGCAUGGAGAAGGUGGUAGUGCUUAA